GGGCCGGGCCAGGAGGCUCCGGUUGAGCGGCGGGAGUGUGGGAUCCGGCUCCGCUGCCCUCCCGCCCUUCAUAAAGCUUUGAUGAGACACUUGAGACGCCGCCUGUGUUGUCGAGGCGGCGGCGGGAGGCGGUCGGUGGGACUGGGCGCCCGGGAGAGGAUGUGACUUCCCGGAGGGGACCCGGACAGGCUUUGUGUGGACGACAAGUUCCACCAAGUGAGAAGAGUGAUGACCAUCCUUUUCUUUACUAUGGUUAUCUCAUACUUCACUUGCAUGAAAGCUGCCCCAAUGAAAGAAGCGAGUCUAAGAGGACAAGGCAGCUUGGCUUACCCAGGUCUUCGGACCCACGGGACUCUUGAGAGCAUAAAUGGGCCCAAUGCUGGUUCAAGAGGACUGACAUCGUUGGCAGAUACUUUUGAACAUGUCAUAGAGGAGCUUCUAGAUGAGGACCAGGACAUCCAGCCCAGUGAGGGAAAUAAGGAUGCAGACUUGUAUACAUCCCGAGUCAUGCUAAGCAGUCAAGUGCCUUUGGAACCCCCGCUGCUCUUUCUGCUCGAGGAGUACAAAAACUACUUAGAUGCUGCAAACAUGUCCAUGAGAGUCCGGCGCCACUCUGAUCCAGCUCGCCGUGGGGAACUGAGUGUAUGUGACAGCACGAGUGAGUGGGUGACAGCAGCAGAGAAGAAGACUGCAGUGGACAUGUCCGGGGCAACUGUCACAGUCCUGGAAAAAGUUCCAGUACCCAAAGGCCAGCUGAAGCAAUACUUCUAUGAGACCAAAUGCAACCCUAAGGGAUACACAAAGGAGGGCUGCAGGGGCAUAGACAAAAGGCACUGGAACUCUCAGUGCCGAACUACCCAGUCUUACGUGAGAGCUCUCACCAUGGAUAAUAAAAAGAGAGUUGGCUGGCGCUUUAUAAGGAUAGACACUUCUUGUGUAUGUACAUUAACCAUUAAAAGGGGAAGAUAGUGGAUUCAUGUUGUAUAGAUUAUAUUGAGACAAAAUUAUCUAUUUGUAUAUAUACAUAACAGGGUAAAUUAUUCGGUAAAAAUAAUUUUAUGGACUGCAUGUAUGACUGAAGUUUAUACAGUACAGUGGUUACACAUUCUAUUUAUUGAACAUAUCCAUGACCUGAAGGGGAACAAUAGUCAUUUGCGCACAAGUUAAAAAAGACCAAAAAAAAAAAAAAAAAAAAAAAGAGAGAGAGAGAGAAAAUCAAGCAAACAAAAAAGUCUGCAUUACAUUCCUCCAUAACAUUGUGGUUUGUCGCCGUUGCCAAGAAUUGAAAAUAUAAAAAUUAAAAAAAAAAAAAAAUAAAAUUGCAUGCUGCUUCAAUUGUGAAUUAAUGAUAAACUGUCCUCUUUCAGAAAAAUAAAUUGAACCAAAACAUUCUGUUUACACUUUAGACAGUAAGUAUCUUUAGUCUGUUAGUAUAUAUGUUUACUGCUUCUAACUUCUGAUAGCGUUGAAAUUAAAACAAUGUCAAGGUGCUGUUGUCAUAGUUUUACUGUUUCUCUUUUACUUUUGAACUCCCAUCAGAUUGAAAAAGAAAAAAAUCAUUACUUUAUUCUGGAUUAGAAAAAAAAUUUGGUUUUUGUAUGUUGUGAAGGUGUUUGCAAUAGCAGUCCAACUACUGACAAAAAAUAAUAAAAAGAGGCAACUGAAAAAGAAUGGUGAUGUUCCACUUCACAUUGUUGAACUUCAGGCUUAAAGACAACACUUAUUUAACUGUAUGGCAACAUGGUUGUUUUGUUGGGUGGGGGUGGUUUGUUGUU